CCCCAAUCCAGAAGUGUGUGGAGUUCUUGGCAUGAAUGUAAUACGCGAGUGCUAUAGAGAGAUGUUUUUGGAACAUGGUCCUGCUCUUUUUGAUCUUCCCCCAGUCAAGCAGAACCCUUGGCAGAAGGUUUUGCAGUUCUGUCACCAAGUCCAACCCCAGCCCGAACCACAAGUUCAUGGCCCAGUCAGAGUUAAGGGCCGGCGAAAAAUUCAAAUCCCAGGCGGCACGAUGAAACUGGUGCCCACUACCUGCAGAAAGGCAUCUCCAGUUCAUACGGGAUCAGCCCUGUUUGAACCAUUGGAUUCAGGUUUGCCAAAUGGUCUCCUCGCUUCCCCAGCUCUGGUCAAAGUGCUCAAUGGUACGGCCUUCAUUCCUGUAACCAAUGUGGGGACUACAGACGUAAUUUUACCUCCUCGGAUUCAGAUUGGCACCCUCUGCCAAGCCGAAAUUGUCAGCCAACCAGAGAGCAUCAUUGAAACUAUGGAGGAGGGGUCAUCUGGUGAGCAGAUCGUUACCAUGGCAAUGCAGAGUGUGACGGACAACCCCCUGUCAUCUGCCAUUGAAACCCUUGAUUUGUCCACUCUUGCAGCUCAAGACCAGGAGAGGUGGAUGAGCACAUUCAACGACUGGGAGCUGUGUUGGAGACCUUGCGGGUGCAGAACCUAAAGGCUAAACUAGAGAAGUGUUGCUUCCUAAAAACGGAGGUAAAGUACCUUGGCC